UCUUUAUAAAUCACGCGAAAAUUCUAGUAUCAAUUCUGCCUCUCGUUUAAUUUCUAUGACAUCAUAGAAUAAAUUUUGUAAUCAUUGCAUUACAUUAACUUUACACUUCUACGUAGUCAGUAAUACAUACUCUGUAAUGUUUUACGAGAUAUUUCAAUACGUAACCCAACCCAUAGCCUGUAUCGAUGACGUCAGAAGAGGCGGUGUCGAUAGCGAACACUACGCACGAUAGAGCAUGACAUUACCAGGUUUGAAAAGUUGGUCCGCGAGUUAUAUACUACUUGGAGAGGUGAAGCCGUUAUGCCGUCUGAAGUCGAACAGGUGGUUCCUGCUAAUGAAAAUAAGUCGGAUCGAAAACUGCGCACGCGAAGCUGUUCCCCCUAUACAGCCAUGGAUAUGGAAUAUAAGGAAGAGGAACUAGAAAAUAUGGCUUCUGAGAAGGAUGGUAUUGCCUGGUUGUAUGAAGUCUUGCAAGAAGUACAGUUGGAACAGUUUUUCAUUAAAAUUAGAGAUGAGCUUCAGAUUUCCAGAAUGAGCCAUUUUGAUUAUGUUGAGCCAGCUGAUUUGGAAGUCAUUGGAAUGGGUAAACCUGCUGCAAGAAGACUUCUUGAUGCAGUGAAAAAACGGCGAGCUAAUUUAUGGAGAAAGAAUUUAUUAAAUAAAAUUCUUCCUGCUUCUGGAAAAUCAGAAAAAUCUACAUUGAAAACACCAACAUCACCUACGUCAUCAGUUCCUGUAACUUCUGGUGGUCUUACAUGUCUCAUAAAUGAAAAGGACAUAUCCCUAGCUAAUAAACUUGGUGAUGGUUCAUUUGGUGUUGUUAUGAAAGGAGAAUGGACAACUCCAGCAGGUCAUUCUAUGCAUGUGGCAGUUAAAGUGCUUAAACAGGAUGCUGUUUCUCAACCAGGAGCAUUUGAAGAUUUUAUUAAAGAAGUUAAUGCAAUGCAUUCACUUGAUCAUCCUAAUUUAAUUAGAUUAUAUGGAGUUGUACUUUCAUCACCAAUGAUGAUGAUUACUGAAUUAGCACCUUUAGGUUCUCUAAGAGAUAGAUUAAGAAAAGAAUGUCAUCACACUCCUCUCUCACAAUUGGUGGAAUAUGCUGUACAAAUAGCAAAUGGAAUGGCUUAUUUAGAAUCCAAACGAUUUAUUCAUAGAGAUUUAGCAGCUAGAAAUGUAUUACUUGCCACUUCUCAGAAGGUUAAAAUAGGAGACUUUGGUUUAAUGAGAGCUCUACCAAGUCAAGAAGAUUGCUAUAUUAUGACAGAGCAUAAGAAGGUUCCUUUUCCUUGUAAAUCCUUGAACAUUUUUCAUGGGCAGUUUGAAUAUAUCAAACCCUAUCCAUCACUAUAUAACUACUACAUUGCACAUUUGGCAAAACAAAACAGUUUGCAUGGAAUUUUACAAAAAAUUGAUCAGGAAGGAGAACGUCUUGCACCACCUGAUGUUUGUCCUCCCGAUAUAUAUCAAUUAAUGCUUCAGUGUUGGGCACACAAGCCUUCAGAUAGACCAACAUUUUUGGCCUUAAAAGAUUUCUUAUGUGAGGCUCAUCCGCAAGUAUUAAAAGCUGUACAGAGAUUUGAAGAAGCAGAUAAACUUAUCGUUGAAAUUGGGGAUAUUUUAGAGGUUAUUGAUGGAAAGUCUGAUCAUUAUUGGUGGAAAGGACAAAAUCAAAGAUCAUUCAAAAUUGGCCUUUUUCCUCGUUGUGUCACAGAUUUGCAAAGAAGAAUUAAGGGAGAUGAUAUAAGUAAACCUUUAAGGAAUAGUUUUAUUCAUACUGGUCAUGGUGAUGUUGGUGGAAAAUCGUGGGGGAAUCCUGCAUAUAUUGAUGAAAUGUAUCUGCAAAAUCCAAUGGAUCCUCCAGAUAUAUUAGGACUUCCAGAUGAAGUACAGAAUGUGCCAAAAUUAGCUGAUAGAAAUAAAAGAUUAUCUAUUGAAGUUACACCCAGAAAAAGCUCCUGCAAACAAUUUGCUUAUAACAAAUUUGAAAAUGAUUCUAGUGAUGAUAUUAUUCUUCAUAGAAGAAAAUCUUCAAAAGAUAGUCGUUCCUAUAAAACAAAACAAAGUGGAAGUAAUAGUAAAGAUGUUUCUGAAGGAAUUCUAAUUGAUUUUAGUGAUGAAAUUUCAGUUAAAACUUCUCCAUUAUUAAACCAUGUAUCUCUCACACAAAAUACAGGUUCUCUUUUAGAUCUGUCUUCAAAUGGUUUAACAGUUUCUAAUAAUGUGUUUAGGUCAUCUUCAAGUUCUUUUGACUCAUUUACUUCAGAAUGUUCAUCUCCAAAUCCCUCACAAAAUUUCACGGGUGAUCGCUAUUAUAAUGUACCCCCAAUUUCAUCACAAGUAUCAAAUGACAGGUAUUAUUCUGUGGUUCCUCCUAGUGAAGCAGAAUCUCAUAUGCAUAACAGUGAACAUUUUUAUUCUAAUGUGACAGAAACAUCUUGUAUUUCUACACCUUUCAAUGGUGGAUUAUUAAAACAGAAUGCAGCAAAAAUGAAAAGUUGUCCUAUGUUAAAUACUCAGGUUGUGAGCGUUGAUAUCAAUGGAAUGGAUUCAACUCCACAAAUUUAUUCAAACAAUUCAUCUGACUUUCUAAAAAGGCGAGAAGAAGCUUUUGAUUGGCUAAACACUCAGAUACCAGAAUUGACAAAUCAUCCAGAUCCUAAUACUAGCAGUAAUAGAUCUCAACUGAUAGCAGAAUUAGAAAAAAAAUUAGGUCGGAUAGAAAUGGCAGCUAACAGCUCUGCUGCAGGAAGUGCAAGAGACAAGGCUGCAAAACACAUAAUUCUUGAUCAAAAUCAUUUUGAUAAAGAAAUUGAUUAUUCGCGUGUCAAUUCACCAACACCCCAAGCUGGCUGCAUUGGAUGCUUUCCUUGUGACAUUAACAAAUCUGGUUCUGUAAAUGAAAUGCCUCCACUUCCUUCAGUGCCACCAAAUACUGCACAAGUGAAACCAUUUUUAGUGAAUCCACCACCUAGUAACAAACGAUCUUUACGAAAUCAAAGAAAUCAAUCUCUGACCAGUAGACCAACAGUAUCACCAGUUGUCAGUGUACAUUUAUCCAAGACAAGAGGGACAGUUUCUUUUGUGAAUAGGGUCACUUCUCCAGAUCAUAGUUUAUUAGAAAGAAUUCAACAGCAAGUCUCAGGUGUCACAAUUGAGGAAUGCUAUAAUGCUUUUCAUAGGAAUAAUGGUGAUGUCCAUUCAACAAUCAGAGACUUACAAAUUAACCAACUAACAAAGUUAGGAAUUGCCUCAAGACAACUAUGUGAGAAAGUCUUACAAACUUCAAACUGGAAUCUUGAAACUGCUGCUUCUGCCUUACUAGAUGAACUGUCAGGUACAGCUAGAUAAACUGAUAAAUUUAAUUCAAGGUCAGAUAUUUUUAAUGUGUUUGAUGUCAUUUCAUCAGAUUUGUAAUUAUUACUUCUAUUUAUUAUUUUUCACAUCUCAUAAUUAGUUAUUUAAUAUUCAGAAACUUGUAUUUUGUUUAAAAUAAGGUUAAAUUAUUUGUCACAUACAAAACAAGAAUGAAAUUAUGAAUUAAUUUAUAUCAUUCAGUCAUGUUAAAUUCGACAUAUAAAACCUAAAAAUGAAAGUUUAAUUCAUGAUUUAAAUUCAGUUUUUAAGAUGUAGAUUUUUAAUAUUUUUUGAGUAGCAUCAAACAUAUUAAAAAAAUUUAUAUUGUAAUAUGUAAAAACACUAUCAUUUAAAUAUUGCACAGUAUUUGCCUAUAAUAGAGCACAAUCGUUAAAUAAUAUUUUAUAAUAGCUUUUUAAUAUCACAAAAAAAAAACUAAUCCAAGAUAAAUGAAUGUUAUAAAAAUCAA